AUGAAUGGGUCAAAUGGGUCAAAUGGGUCAAACUUGAUCAAUGGGUCAAACGGGUCAAACGGGUCAAACGGGUCAAACGGGUCUGCCGGUGCGGAGCGUUCGUGCGUUUCCCCGCGGUUGGUGCGCGUGCGCGGUCCGAGGCGAAGCACGGAGCGGUGUCUGGAGCGGUGGGAGAGCGAGGGCGCGGGGGAGGGCUCGCUGGAGGAGGGCAUCAAGGCGCUGGGCGGCGAGGGCACGGCGUGGGACCAGUUCCGAGUAAAUCGAGAACGGUUCGGAGUGGAGUCCGGAUUCAACGAAGCGCUGUACACGAUGCCGAUGAGCAGUCUGGAAAUGAACGAGAAGGAGUGGAGAGAGGUGGUGAAGAUCGCCGAGGAAAUGGGGGAAACGGGGGAAACGGACGAUGCGGGGAGGAGAGACGCGGAUCGAGGGGGCGACGGAGAGGACGCGAUGCUGUAUAGCGAUGUGAGGCGCAGAAGGAAGAGGGAGGAAGGAGAGAGCGAGGAGAGUGAUGAGAGGAAGAAGGAAGGAAAGGAAAGGGAAGAAGAAGAAGAAGAAGAAGAAACGGAGGAGGACGAUUUUGUGGAUAGUGCUAUUCGAAAAAGAGCAUCUAUUUAGUGUAUUUU